GACUUCAGGAGAUAGUUACUCAACUCUAUUCCUAUGUAUUAAAAUGUCAUCUCCAAGUAAGAGGAGAGAGAUGGAUGUCAUGAAGUUGAUGAUGAGCGAUUAUACUGUUGAGACGAUAAAUGAUGGACUCAAUGAAUUCAAUGUGGAAUUUCAUGGUCCCAAAGAAAGUAUUUAUGAAGGUGGUUUGUGGAAAGUUCGAGUUGAGCUUCCAGAUGCUUAUCCAUACAAGUCUCCUUCCAUUGGAUUUGUGAACAAGAUAUUCCACCCAAAUGUUGAUGAGCUGUCUGGUUCCGUUUGCUUGGAUGUUAUUAAUCAAUCAUGGAGUCCAAUGUUUGAUCUUCUAAAUAUUUUUGAAGUUUUUCUUCCACAACUCUUGCUUUAUCCAAACCCUUCAGACCCACUUAAUGGCGAUGCUGCUUCCCUGAUGAUGAAGGACAAAAAUAUGUAUGAACAGAAAGUUAAAGAGUACUGUGAGCGUUACGCGAAGAAGGAAGACCUUAAUAACAAGGCAGUCGAGGAAGAGACUGACGAUGACGAUGUCAGUGAUGGACAAUGCACAUCAAGUGAAGAUGAAAUUCCGGGACUUGCAGAUCCAUGAAGUACUGGGAAUUGAUAGACAUCUUCAUUAUGCUUAUCAACUUUGUCAUCUGGCUGUAUGAUUUAUACUUUAAUUUGCUUGUAAAUCUUGUGUUGUGUAAGAUGUUUCGAUCUUGACAUUUCUAUAAAAUGAAGAUCAACUUUUCCUUUUUCUUAGACGGUUUUUAUAAGCAUCUUUUGUUUUCGAUUACAGUUUUGAACACAUUGCAGGAAUAUAGAAUGCAUUCUAAGAUCAU